AGGACACUGAAAUAUCGUUCAAUAAAAGAAACACAGAUAAAAUUAACAUUUUACCCCAAAGUGGCAAUGAAUUGCAACAGAAGCGAGAUGACGACUUGCCAAACUUGCCAGAAAUAGAAGCGAACAAGAAAUCGGAGCUUCCGGUAAGCCUGGACCAACCGAGAGAGAUGCAGCUUGAGUUGAGUUCCACAGAACAUACCGAAGCAUUGAAUGACUCCAACUUUACAUCGUGUGGUUCACAAACUACAUCAAAUGGUCCGGAAACGCGCGAUCCACUGGCAACCGUGCGCAGAAAUUCAGGCAUUGAACUUGGUCAUUCUGAAGGCAAAGUCGAAAACACGUCGAUCAGUUCGAAAACCUCAAAUGAGUAUAACCCACUAGAAGCUGAUGUUUCAGUGUCGAAAUCUGUAAAAGUUGUUGAACCGCAAGUAAAUGAGGCUGAAAAUAUCCUGGGAAAAUCUGAGCCCCAGUUGGUCCAGCAAGGUGUCCAAAGUGAUGUUUGCAACUCCCCAAUAGGGAAUGGUGGCGAAACUAAGAAUGGAGAGAGCGAAAUGGUAAACCUGGACCAACCGAGUGAGAUGCAGAGUGAGUUGAGUUCCACAGAACAUACCGAAGCAUUGAAUGACUCCAACUUUACAUCGUGUGGUUCACAAACUACAUCAAAUGACCCGGAAACACGCGAUCCACUUGCAACCGUGCGCAGAAAUGUAAGCAUUGAACUUGGUCAUUCUGAAGGCAUAGUCGAGAACACGUCGAUCAGUACGAAAACUUCAAAUCAGUAUAACCCACUAGAAGCUGAUGUUUCAGUUUCUAAAUCUGAAAAAGUUGUUGAACCUCAAGCAAACGAGGCUGAUAAUAUCCUGGGAAAAUCUGAGCCCCAGUUGGUUCAGCGAGAUGUCCAAAGUGAUGUUUGCAACUCCCCAAUAGGGAAUGAUGCCCAAACUAAGAAUGGAGAGAGCGAAAUGGUAAGCUUGGACCAACCGAGUGAGAUGCAAAGUGAGUUGAGUUCCACUGAACAUACCGAAGCAUUGAAUGACUCCAAUGUAAAGACAUCGUGUGGUUCACAAACUAUAUCAAAUGACCCGGAAACGCGCGAUCCAAUGGCAACCGUGCCCAGAGAUUCAAGCAUUGAACUUGGUCAUUUUGAAGGCAUAGUCGAGAACACGUCGAUCAGUACGAAAACCUCAAAUCAGUGUAACCCACUAGAAGCUAAUGUUUCAGUGUCUGAAUCAGAAAAAGUUGUUGAACCUCAAGAAAAUGAGCCUGAAAAUAUCCUGAGAAAAUCUGAACCCCAGUUCGUGCAGCAAGAUGUCCAAAGUGAUGUUUGCAACCCCCAAAUAGGGAAUGAUGCCCGAACUGAGAAUGGAGAGAGCAAAAUGGUAAACCUGGACCAACCGAGUGAGAUGCAGAGUGAGCUGAGUUCCACAGAACAUACCAAAGCAUUGAAUGACUCCAACUUUACAUCGUGUGGUUCACAAACAAGAUCAAAUGAUUCGGAAACACGCGAUCCACUGGCAACCGUGCGCAGAAAUUUAGGCAUUGAACUUGGUCAUUCUGAAGGCAUAGUCGAGAACACGUCGAUCAGUACGAAAACCUCAAAUCAUUAUAACCCACUACAAGCUGAUGUUUCAGUUUCUAAAUCUGAAAAAGUUGUUGAACCUCAAGCAAAUGAGGCUGAUAAUAGCCUGGGAAAAUCUGAGCCCCAGUUGGUGCAGCAAGGUGUCCAAAGUGAUGUUUGCAAGUCCCCAAUAAAUAAAGACAACAAAAUGGUAGCAGUUGAUUUCCAAUUUCCUGAUGACAGUUCUCCGGUUGCGCAUUCUAAACCGGAUGAUUUAACUAGGGACACUGUCGAACAUCAGUCUCAGCCCGGCCUUGAAGACUCUCUAAAGGCAUUAACUAAUUGGAAAAUUGGCGUUGCAAAAACAAAUCGUAAAAACGAUCUUCCUUCAAACGAAAUUUGCAGCGCGGAAAAAUUAGACAAAGCGGCUCCAAAUGGGGAUUGUCUCAAGGUAUCACAAAAGGUCGACAAUCUUAAUGCAGAACAAGGAAAACAACAUAAUUUAGAUGACGUCUUCAGCUCUGAUGAAGCAAAACAACAGACGUUAAACGAUAGUUUAACAGAAGUAUUUGCUUCUUGGGGAGAAAAAUCGACUAAAAAAUCAGAGGGCUUAGGAAUACGUAUUGCCGAGGAAGAAAAAUUGCACACGUUGAACGAUAAUACUACUCAGGUAUUGGGCGAACAGACCGUUACUUUGAACAAAGAGGUUUCUCGGGAACAAAAAGCAAAUGAAUCAUUAACUUGGCAUGACUUAAAAGGCCUUACUAGUAAUGAAAAAAGGAAACUAGAGACGUUGAAGGAACUCAACCGCGCACAGGUUUGUGAACCAGAAAACGGGGUAUCUGUCGGUAUAGACAAUAAUCCAGUAUCAUUAAACAAGAACGGAGAACAAUGUAAGUUAAAUAUGGUUUCUGGCACAAGAGAUUUCUCUUCUCGUAGCGAAGAUAAUGUCACAAACGAAGAGGAAUUGGCCGUACCAGUCCCGGAAGCCAAUAUGCAAUUAAUUCUCAGAGUUCUGGAUUCACAGGAAGGGGCUAAAACGUCCAUUCGUGUUCUGGAGGAAGAUGACAUUGGACUUGCCACGUUAGACAGGUUUUGUAAUGUGAACGACUCCGAGGGAUGCGAUUCCAACGAUAUUGAUGUGUAUCUCAGAAUUUUGAACAAAACGGGAAGACCUUUAGGUAUCGAGGUGGAUAGUGCAGAACAGCUUGUCGGAAACUUGACAUCAAGUGGAUCCACGCAAGUGCAUUGUCUCACUUCACAGGCACUCCAAGAAACUGUAGCUGAAUUAGUACAACGACAACCUAUCAGCAACCCUGCACCUAAUUCUAGAAAAAAGAGGAGAAAACUAACUGGGAUUUAUAGAGAAAUUCUCUCAAGAAAGCCCACUCGCACAAGAGAUAAUUACCCAAAAUAAUGCUGAUGCCGGUGUAAACUAUUACGAUAUCGGGAAUUCUUGCCAAAGGCAUUAUACUGAGAUGACGAAGACCAUUCUGAACGAACGUCACAGGUUUAAAUUGCGUUUUUUUAUUUUCCCAGUUGUGUUAAUUUUUUUGGUUUAUUUUUUGUUUUUGCUGGCAACAUGCGAUAUAUAGUAAAGUGAAAAGCUAUCUUCAUGGCCAACACCACCUGGUUAUAUACAACAGAUGUCAAAUCUUACUUUCUCCAUUUUAUAAUUAGAGGUUUACUUUAGUGCCCUGUUAUGAUAGCUUAAAACUAGUUCAUGUCCGGAAUCAUCAUCAUGUGGUAAUGUAGCGAUAACAUCAUAUACCAUGAUAUAGUAUGACGUUGCAUCACAUAUCACCAAUCAUAUGACUUCGCAUCAUAUUACAUCACACAAGCCCCGUCUACGGCUAAAAUGGGUACUCGUGCCCAAUUAUAAUAUGAUAAUAUCGCAGGUAACGUAAUUUGAGUACUUUGAAUAUAAUGUUUCCAGUAAUUCGACGGUUACGCGUACUGUCCACACGUAUCCGGCGUUUUCUCCCACUCAAAAAGGGGGGGGGGGGAAUCUGAAAACGCUCUCCAGAGUGGAAGAAUUUGAAAACGACGGCUGAGCGGAUACGAGUGGACGGCUUUGCCGGAUAAAUUUGAAAACGUCACUAAUCAAAUUGUUUCCAUAUUAAUAAGGCUUGUUUCACGUCUUGUGGCUUACGCUUAACUUUAUAUUGCUACAUUACCGUCAAAUGAGUCCUAUUUAAAACAUAGUCUGAAAUAUUAACCAUUUGCGGUGACCUGAUGAAAAACUGAAGUUGGUUGGUAGGAGACCAUAUAAAGACAGCUACUGACGUUUAUUUUAGUUAUUUGUCCUUCAUCAGCUGUAUUCGGUGUUUUUUGAUAAGAAUAAAGCAUUGUUAUUACGAACUUCUGUAUUCGAAAUAUU